AUGUUGCUCACAAAAAUUACACAGCAAAUUGGAGGAAGCAUCACAUUGGAUUUUUGUUGGAAAGCCUACAAGGUAUACCUUGCUUCCAUUUACUAUUUGUGGAAAAAUGUUGGAUGGAUGAUGAUCAACCGUAAAUGGAUACCUCUAUCGACGGGUGUUGAAGGACUCGGACUAGAAGGCAUCAGCUUUCACUGGUAUACUGUUGCUGUCUUAGGUUUUCUGUUUGGGCUGACAUUGCUUGGUUUCACUGGGGUGCAUUUCUACUAUAUCAUUAAUAAUACAACAAGUAUAGAAUACGUUGCAAAUAGACCAAUCUACGUUCGUGCAGACUUUGACAAAAGUGGAAGCAACUACGAGAUCAUUCAAAUUGACCCAAAAACCAAUGUAUACGGCCAAGGCAUUUACAAAAACUGGUGCUCAGUAAUGGGAUCAAAUUUAUUCAUUUGCCUUUUACCGUAUGUCGAUUUCUUCGCAGCAAAAAAACAUACGCUCAAGAAGAAUUACCCCUAUAACACAGAUUUUAGAAACCAUAUUCUCCAAGAUGCUAUGCUCCAGCGAGAUAGCAUGCUUAAAUAG